GUCGUGACGAGCCGCACGCACGAUGCAUUACCCGCUCCACAUUACGGUGCUCUGCACGGGGUUCUGGAUACUUCGUGGCGAUGCGCACGCAGUGAAAACCGGAGUCAAUCCCGAGGUGCUGACGUCGUUCGCGAAGAACGUCGCAUCGGUCCUGUCGUCUACCUUGCUGAGCGACUUCCAAGACUCUUCGUCGAACCAGACCUCGAAUUGGGGCUUCCAGAAAAAAGCGCAUGAGACGCAGUCAUUAAACGCGGGGAUCCCCGAGGUAGGAAAUCCACCAAUCGCGGAUAAGGUUGUGGGUCGAUUCAAGAGGUUCACAGAAAAACGCCAAGUCCCCAACGAGGGAAGAAACGAACUCCAGAAUGGUUACCUGUCGUCGAACCUGCCUCGUUACUCGAAUAACUACAACUACGAGUCCUUCAAACCGUAUCAAUUCGCAGCGAAUCGAGAGCCACCGCUUCGACCUGAAGAAUCGAAUAUCGAAGGUACGGAGAACAUAAAUCCUGACACCAGGGACAACUCCAUCGACGCUGACAUCAACGCAGGCCCUUUUCACUACUCCAAUAACUAUCACAGAAGGAUUCCUGAAUUCAAAUACAAGCCUGACGUGGUCGACCCUUUGCCCAACGCGAAUCAGUAUGGCCAGUUAGGCUUCCCUCAUUACAAUCACUUGCAGCAGACACCAGGACCUCCUCCUGCCCAAUCCUUGAACGUGGACGGGCUCGAGCCCAACUCAGGACCCAACGGGAACAUUCCGCCAGCUAGAUUGGCGAACAGACCGUAUAAUUUGAAUUACCAAGGUCCCUUCCCUGGUCCUCAGCGGUCGCCAGUCUACAGACAGCCAGGAUUCAUCUACCCCAAUGUCGAAGGGAACGGUCAGCCACCGUCGCCAAGACCAGAACAGAUCGAAAAUAAUCCGUCCAGAUUGACCGAGGACCAGAAUCAAGGCCAGUCUGCCGUAGCUGGUUACGAUUUCCAUCCUGGUUUUCCCUAUCGACCUUAUCCCGGUGGAUUCUACGGAUCACCUCCAUUUUAUGGAGGUCCUUACUAUCCAUUCAAUGGCACUUUCAAUCCAGGCGACGUUGGACCACCUGGAGGCAAUUUUACGAAUGGCCAAUUUCCAAAUGGUUUCCCUGGAUACGGAUUCAAUCCGUAUGGUCCUUACUAUCCUAACUUCAACGGGAAACCUCCGCAUCAAAAUCCUCCUGAGAACGCUGGAAACGCCGAGCAAUCAAACGGCGGCCAAGGGAAUGGUAACGCCACGGGCAAUCCACCUUACGGGUACCCGUAUCCACCCAAUGGUCCAUUUUACGAUCUCCCAGGAGUCGUAGGAGUCGUGGGACCAAUUAAUGGAGUACCUUACCAUCGUUACCAUCACAGCUUCGAUCAUUUCAUUCCACGAAUCAAAGUGGCACCAUACCUGUACCCAGAGCCUUACGGACCUUUUAUCCCAGGUCCUUAUUAUCCAUUCGGUGGACCGUUCCCCAAACAUAAUGGCAAUCCACAAGGAAUGAUGCCUGAUAAUUCCGCGAAACCCGUGGAGGCCGAGAAGGUCGAGGGCGCCGAGGGUCCAGCGAUGCCUGCGAACGGCGACGCGGAAGUGAUAUCGGAGAGCAAACCGGAUGAAGUCGAAACCUUGCCUUCGAAUGGCAACGAGAAGUUUCGUUUUCCUUGGCACCUGUAUGGGAAUGACGACAAACUCGCGCGGGAGGUUAAUAUAGGAUUCGCUAAGAGGGAUUCGGAUGAUUAGGAUUAAGAGAGUGAAUUCUCUGGAUGGGAUGGAAUUUAAUUUAGCUAUUUAUGUCGACUUCAUUUGUACUAAGGAUAUUAUUGAAGAACAGAAAUGUCAAGCGAAAUGUUCAUUAAUCUGCCUUUUAGUUAUCUCUUCACUCCAUUGGCAUACAGUGUUAAUACAGUCAGUAUUAUAAAUAUUCUUACCCUAUGUGUCUAUUAAAGAAGUUUGUCUAAAUUAAAUAAUAGGUUCGAUGUUCUCAAGCAAAUGUUUCAUUAUAAAUAUGUACAUGGA